AUGUACAGAAGAAAUCAGACCAGCACCUUCGAAUUUCUUCUCACAGGCUUCUCUGAGCACCCGGAGCAGCAGCCUCUCCUGUUUGGGCUCUUCCUGGCCAUGUACCUGGUCACUGUGGUGGGGAACCUGCUCAUCAUCCUGGCCAUUGGCUCUGACCCACACCUCCACACCCCCAUGUACCUCUUCCUGGCCAACCUAUCCUUUUCUGACAUUGGUUUUAUCUCUACAAUAAUUCCCAAGAUGAUGGAUAACAUUAGCUCAGGAACCAAACUGAUUUCUUACGGUGCGUGUCUGACACAGCUCUACUUUUUUGGCCUAUUUGCUGAUCUGGACAACUUUCUCCUGGCUGUGAUGGCACUUGACCGUUAUGUGGCCAUCAGCCAACCUCUGCAUUACACUGUGACCAUGAACUCCCAACGCUGUGUCCUAUUGGUGGCUGGGUCGUGGGUAAUCACUACCUUCCAUGCCCUGGUACAUACCCUCCUAGUGACCAGGCUUUCCUUCUGUGGUCCCAGUAUCAUCCCCCACUUCUUCUGUGAUCUGGUGCCACUCCUGAAGCUGGCCUGCUCCAGUACUUUAGUCAAUGACCUGGUGCUCACCCUCCUGGCAGGAACGCUGCUGAUUGUGCCCUUUGUCUGCAUCCUUACAUCUUACUUUUACAUUGCAUUGGCCAUCCUAAGGAUUGAUUCCCCGUGGGGUAAGCAAAGAGCCUUCUCCAGCUGCACCUCCCACCUGUCUGUAGUCUCUCUGUUCUACAGCACAGCUAUUGGUGUCUAUUUGUGCCCUCCAGCAUCUCACUCAGAUGGCAAGGACAGAGUCUUCUCAGUAAUGUACACAGUGGUGACCCCCAUGUUGAACCCCUUUAUCUAUAGCCUGAGAAACAAGGAUAUAAAAGGGGCACUGGGAAAAUUACUCAGAAAAAAAGCACACUAA